GCCGGCGGCGGGACCUGUAGCUGUUGGCCCAGCGGGCGCUGGGCAAAAGCCCCACGUGGGGUGGCGGCUGGUGUACAGACCGCGGCGGGAGAGAGGCGCGGUAGGAACGGGUCUUUGGAGCCGUGACCGGCGCAGGUGCGGGAAUCCGUGGUGCCGCCCGCAUUCUCUCGGAGCAGGAGACUUCCUCUCUGGCCUGUUGCUAUGGCCGCCGGACCACGUUGCUAAGGAGCCUGGAGAUGUUGAGCGCCAAGAGCUCGCCCUUCCUGGUCGGGCUUUGACCGAGAGUUGCCUUGUCGGCCUUAUUUGAAACUGGCCGCCUUUCUCCCACUCUCCCCGACCUUCUUAAAAUAACAAAAAAAACCCCAGCUUUCUCUCCAUUUUUUUCUCUCCAUGUCCUUCUCAUUUUCUAACUUUGACAACAUCCCGGCUCUGAACUGGUCUUAGGUAUUUGGAAAUGUGUGGUGUUGGAGGCGGAGAGGCUAGGAAAAUGGAAAGAUAUUAAGACCCUUAAUACUGGCUCUUUGGAUUUACAGUACUUUAUGGUGAAAAGGAUUGGGAUAGGUGAAUAUUGGGCUGUGUCGCUGUUCUUUGGAAUUUGAAGGAGUUUUAGAGAUGGAGCUCAUCUUCUUUUGUGGGGCUCCUAUUACACUUUUGGAACUUCCCAAACACCAGAUUAGAGAGUAGGGGAAAAAAAAGUGGCCUCUGCCUCUGAGAAUUUGCCAGAUAGUUUAGUGCAGUGGUGUCAAAGCCAAGUGCGAGAAGAAAAUGCAUGUGGGAAAAGAAAUAGGUUAUAUGAACUGUCCAAAACAAUGAAAAAAGAGUACGCUUUCCUGGCAUUGACCCAGAGGCCUAUAAUCCCUUGUAGAUGACCUGCAGCAUCUAAGGAAACCUAAGGAGCAAAAGAGAAGCAAUGCAGAAAUCCGAGUGCCAUAGAGACGUACAGUUAAGAAACAGAGUGACAGAUAACUGUGAUCAAAGGACAUCAUCAAGUGCACAAAUAAAACAUAGGACUACAGUUCAACAAAGGAAAUCCUCCCUGUCAACCAGUUCUCCAGAAUCUGCAAGACAUCCUCGACCAAGUCAUAAACUUAACCCUAAAACAAUUAACCCUUUUGGUGAACAGUCACGAGCCCCUUCUGCAUUUGCAGCUAUUUACUCUAAGGGAGGUGUUCCUUGCAGAUUGGUCCAUGGUUCAGUAAAACACAGGUUACAGUGGGAGUGUCCUCCUGAAAAGCUUCCAUUUGAUCCUCUUCUUAUUACUUUAGCUGAGGGUCUGAGGGAGACUAAACAUCCAUACACCUUUGUGUCAAAGGAGGGUUUUAGAGAAUUACUUUUGGUCACAGGUGCUCUUGAAAAAGCUGUGCCUUUGCUUCCUAGACUGAUUCCUGUGCUGAAGGCAGCUCUGGUCCACUUGGAUGAUGAAGUGUUUGAAAGAGGAUUGAAUGCUCUGGUACAGUUAAGUGUCGUUGUUGGCCCUUCUCUAAAUGACCAUCUGAAACAUCUGCUUACAAGUCUUUCCAGGAGACUAAGGGACAAGAAAUUCAAAGAACCAAUCACCACUGCAUUACAGAAGCUGGAGCAGCAUGGUGGAAGUAAGCUGAUUCUGGAUCAUUCUACAGGGAAAGGAGUAGAGGGAGAGAAACAAACAUCUGGGCAGGAAGAGCGCCGUUAGGGACCCGGCUGGCCACACCAAAUCCAAGGCUAACAGACUUCUGAAGGGCUGGAGAUUAGGGGCAGCAAUAUUCUGUCCCAGAAGCCUCGGAGAACACCCUUCCUUUGCUCCAUCCUCAGAGCAUGUUGAUGUCAUUGGCCCAAGAUACCUUCUAUUUGAAGAGCCCAAUGCUCAAAACUCAACUCGGGGGAAAGCUAGUGAGAGAAAGAGGACAUAUGGACAUUGAACCACAUCCAGGCUUCAGAUGAGAAGAGAUUUCUGGCACCUCCUUGGAGAUUGGAGUGUUAAAAGAGGAGACUGAAAAAUUCUAGGACCGGGUCAGAAAAAAUAGAAGAUGAGGCUGGAGCAUCUUGUAGUGUCCAAAAGUAAGGAAUGAGCAAAGAAAGAAACAAAACAAAACAAAAAAAUAAACAACCACAAUGAUGGGGCCAUGUUGAAGCCAACUGCAAGAGCUUCCAGUGGCCCAGCUGGAACAAUUUAAGCAAAAAGAUAAAAUAUUGAACUAUAACUCAAGUAUAAAAUAUAUGUCCAUUUGUCCACACCGAUAUGAAUCACUGGUGGAAUACAUUCAUAAAUGGAGGAGAAGAGACAAAUCCUUCUCUUCUUUGGAAGAGAAGAAUUCCAAAUCAACUAUGUGUACACUCUACCCUUAAGGAGUCGGAGCAUAACUCCCAAUCUGUAAGUGUGAUCUGUGUAUAACUUCCUUCCAAAGAGUAUGGUUUGGAAAGAGGGAUAAAAGCAUAACUUUACAGUAAAGAAAUUACCAGCACUACUUCAACCAGGUGAUCAAGUUUUACAUCAAACGGUCAUAAAUCAUGUUGAUACUAUGGACUCUUGUUAUGUAAUAAUAAAAGCACCUUACCUCUGUGGUCUUCCUCCUCAAAACACAUAUCCCUAUUCCAAUCAUGAGAAAAAACAUCAAACAAAUCCCAACUGAGGGACAUUCUGCAAAACACCUGACCAAAACUCCUCAAAACUGUCAAGGUUAUCAAAACAAGGACAAUUUGAGAAACUGUCACAGCCAAAAGGAGCUUAAGGGGACAUGGUGAGUGAAGGUAAUGUAAGAUCCUAAUAGAAUUCUGGAACAGAAGAAAGGCUUUCGGUAAAAACUAAGAAAAUCGGAAUAAAGCAUGGACUUUAGUUAAUAAUAGUGUAUCAACAUUAGUUCAUUAAUUGUAACAAGUUUACCAUAUUAAUGCGUGAUGUGAAUAACAGGAAACUGGGUGUGAGGUGUAUGGGAACUCUCUGUACUAUCUUUGCAGUUUUUCUGUAAAUGUAAAACUGGUCUAAAAUAAAAAGUUUAUUUAAAAGAUGAUUUAUAAAAAGAGGGACCUGACCUUCAGACUUUUGAAGCAGAUAGAGAUAUUUAUUGGAUGCUUUUUCUCUUGUCCCUCUUGUAAUAAUCUUCUACCCCAACUUUCAUUAAACAUUUCAGUGUAUGAUAAGAGGGAUUCAAAGAACUUGCCCUUGGGGGCCACAGGAAUGUGGACAAGGGCAGCCAUGGCUGGAGGAGCUGGAUACCCCACAGCAAGACUAUAAGGACGGAGCAGGCCAGAAGGACAGGGUGACAAGCAAAAACUAGGACACAUGCAGCAUGGCCACAGUCCUUGGGAAUCAAUAGAAAUGCAUGGGUGAGGCCCAGGUUAAAGAACCUUUAUGGCAAGAAUUGUUGGAUUCUACAGAAAUUAGUCAUGAAAAUGGGGGAAUGUCAGCUCCAUAAGGACAAAAAUUUGUGUCUUUUGUUCACUGUUGUAUCCCCAGC